AGUGCGAGGCUUUUUGUCCUGCGGCUACUGGAGCCAUUUGAUAUUGGAACUAUUGAUUGUUUUGAUUUCCGUUGUUUUUUGAUGUGCUAUGCACGAAGUGGAGUUGACGUUUUCAUCGUGUAAAUGACAUCUGGACAUCAACAAUGCCACUGGAAGUGAGUUGGCCCUUUCCGCAACGGCCCUGGCUACCUUGGAGGAUCACCAGCACUGUCAUUAUGGGUCUAGUGGGCUCAUACAGCCGCUUUUGGACAAAAUACAUGAACUACCUCACUGUGCACAAUGAAGAGGUCCUCUAUGACCUGAUUGAUAACAGACCUCCUAAUACUCCUCUGAUAACCAUGUCGAACCAUCAGUCUUGCAUGGAUGAUCCUCAUCUUUGGGGUAUUCUGAAGCUGCGACAUCUUUGGAACCUAAAGAAAAUGAGAUGGACACCAACUGCAGCAGACAUAUGCUUCACAAAAGAGCUUCAUUCUAAAUUCUUUAGCAGAGGAAAAUGCGUCCCUAUUUGCAGAGGUGAUGGUGUAUAUCAGAAAGGAAUGGAUUUUAUUUUGGAAAAGCUGAAUUGUGGGGACUGGGUACACAUAUUUCCUGAAGGAAAAGUGAAUAUGACUCAAGAGUUUAUGAGACUGAAAUGGGGCAUUGGACGCUUAAUCUCUGAAUGUAAUUUGAGUCCAGUUAUACUACCUCUUUGGCAUAUUGGAAUGAAUGAUGUUCUUCCGAAUGAGCCCCCUUAUAUUCCACGAUAUGGAAAGAGAAUAACUGUACUUGUAGGAAGACCCUUCACAGUGAAGCACCUUGUGGAGUCUAUGAGAUCUGAAAAUAAAUCACCGGCAGAAAUGCGGAAAGCUUUGACGGACUAUAUCCAGGAGGAAUUUCAGUCCUUGAAAGCACAAGCAGAAACAUUUCAUUAUCGGCUGCAGACAUCCAGAAGAUAAACAUGCAGAAAUAGAGACUAUGCACAUUAUCGUAAAUUAUAGCAAAAUAUUUGAAGGGUUCAUUAUAAUGAAGUGGAUGAAAAUUGUUUUGUUAUGAGCACUUUACUGUUUGUCUAUAAUUUUCUUUAAGGAUUUAUUGUGCUUUGUAAAGUUGAGUUUUCACCAGUGCUUUUUUAGCAGAAAUAAUUGAUCCUCUACACCAUGUGCAGAAAAAACCUAAGAUUCACAUAAAAUUUCAGUAGCCUUUCCAAACAAUCUCAAAAUUGAAGAUAUAAUUUUUCCUCAAAUACUGACUUAAUGUCCUUAUUCUAAUAUUACAUAUUCCAAAAGGUGUAUGUUGCUACUGUAUUUUCUGCUUCCUUCUAUACAUUUUUAAAUUGAUGAGGCUUCAUAUACUUUGGUAGUUUGCAAAGGAACAUAAACUGGCCAAAUCAGCUGGUUAGUUUUGACCAGCCAUAUUAAUUUCCUGAAAUCUAUUAAAAAUCAUAUUCUGUCAACUAAUUUGCAUAACUUUUUUUUUUAUGGAGGAAUAUAUUAUUGCACAUUGGCUAAAAUGUACACCUGCAUUCAUGCCUUCAUACAGUAAUAUUCUUUUAAUAGUCUGAGUGUUCGUCAAAUAUGCAAAAUACUUUUGUGAAAUUUUUUUUUAAAUAUUUUAAAUGUUUUUAUCAUUUUUGUAGAAUAUUUAAAACAUUUUUAUAUGUUGAUCAUCAAUGUCAUUCUUCCCUUUAAUCUUGGGUCUCGGUCUUUUAAGUGAGACAAUGUCAAAUUGAAUAAAAGGACCUACUAUGAGUUACUAACUAGUUUGAUAACUUUCACAUGUAAUUUAAAGAGAUAUUUAUUAUGGUAAGAUGAUUUUUUGUUACUAUUUCUGAAAAUCUUUAUGUAUUUGCUUACUUGUCCUCUGAGAUUAUCAUUAUUAUGCUACUACUUUAGCAUAAAAUGUUUAGUGGCCCUUUUUGAAAUCCUGUCAGUGUCUUGGUCAUUUUAAAAGUAGAACCAAACAUUUGGAUGUGUGUUUGGGCUAAACAGUCCUCUGUCUGCAGUAAAAGCAGAGCCAAGGUGUUUGAAAAUCUUUGCAUCUCUUGCACCUCACUUUUCCUUAAGUGGGUUUUAUAUACAUAAAUAGACAUCAAGCCCUGCAGAAUACUGUAAGCCAACCAAGCAUUAAUGUUAAGUUCCUGUUGAACUUUUAAAAGGUUCCUAUAUGUACUGUACAUGUUACCAAUGCUUGGCCUCUUCAGAGUAAUGUCCUCAAGUUCAUAGUAAUCUAUUUUAUGUACUUUGUGCCUUUCCAUAUUGCUGUGGCCUCACACCACUAAAUAUCUUAGUUCAAAGAUUUGCACUGUGUAGAAUGGCUGGUGGCUAAUCAGAAGCCUGCAACAUCUGGCUGAGAUAAGGAAUUCUUCUCCAAUUAGCUCACACUGCAAGGAGACCACUUCUGAGCCAGAUGUUGCAGGUUUGCUACUGACCACCAGCCGUUCACCACAGAGCAGAUCUUAAAACUAAGGUGAUCGUGGUGCAAGUCCACGGCAAUUCACUUUUCUUGGUAACUUUUUUUGACAAUAGGUAGCUAAGGAUUGAUUCAGAUUAUUUAUAUUUUUCAAGGAUUGCAGCAUGGUGAUGCAGUUGUUAGUGCUACCGCCUCACUACUUCAUUGACUUGAUUCAGUUGUAUUCUUUGUUUAGAUAUGGUUACAUUAAUUGGUUACCCUAAACUGGUGCCUGUUCUUGGUCACUGACCGUCUUGCCAUCCCUAGCUGGUUCUUGUCCUUCAUUCAACUCGGUGACAAACAUUGGAUCAGAAUGUUAGUGAAUGGUAAUGGAACAUUGAACGUGAGUGUUAAACAUUUCUUACAUCUGUUCUUGAGUUGGUUUGUAGUAAUUUGUUAGAGAAUCUUUAAACUGACCAUGAGAGAGCAUACCGUGAAUCUUUAACUCUUUUCACUUUGUCGUGUUUUCAUUGUUCGUGCAAUGGAACUGAAUAAAUAUUUUAUCAAUAGGAUUUCUUUUAAUAGGUCAACAUGUUUUUGUACUGCACAUACCAUCCACAUUAUUUGACCAUUACCUUAGAGUCCUUGUCCAGAUAUUAUUUUUUAAUUAGUAUGUUUUUAUAUUUAUAAUCCAUUUUUUUUAAUAAAAUAUAAACUUUUUGAUUAGAUGAUUACUUAUUCAGUAUAAUUGGCUUAAAUCGGGAUAUUUGUAUUUUACUGUAUGCUGGGAAAUAUUGAAAAAAUAAUGAGAAGCUUCUUAGCACUAUUUUCUGUUAAACACAGUAAUUGAUUAUUUUUAAAACAGCUAUGGUCUGGUCAUUGACAUUUAAUUUGGUCUAACCAUGUAUUAUAAGUAAAAUUAUUUGCUUUCUUUAAAGGUCAUUUAUAUUACCCGUUUGCCUUAAAAUUCAUACAUUUGCACUUCCUGUAGCUCUGAUUCCAUUGCACCACAAAGUUUAAACUGAGCAGCUCAAAAGGAUCUUAGGUGGUGGUGUUUUGACAGUUGCUGUGUUUCAGUUACUUGAAAAGAGAUGUUGUAUUUAGGUUCCUGCCUUCUGCUUCCCGUAAUACUUAUGUUACCAUGUACAGUAUGUGAUGCUUUGUGCACAAGAAUUCUCUUGUGUGUAUAGUUUAUUUUGCUGUACGAGUUAUCUUUCACACACAGUAUAUCUAUAAAAUAAAAGCUCCCUUAUGCUUUCUUGGGGUCUGAGCUUUUAUAUUUAGAAAUAACAAAUUACUUUUUUUUUUUAAUAUUAAUUUGGACCUUAUUAAUUUGGCAGUUGGUUAGUGCUGUUGUCUUGCAUUUCCAGACGCGGGUCUAGUGAAAGUGUUGCACAUCGGCCCUACCUUGACUUUCUUCCUGCCAUUCCAGUUUCCCCUCACACUGUAAAUUUUCAGUCAAAUAGUGACAAUAUUUUGAUUGUCUUAGUAUGACUGACAGUGGUGAGUGUGAUGGGAUGGUGUCCUCUCCAGGGCUGGCUCCUUUCUUAUUUCUAGUGCUGCCAGCAUAGGCUCUGGAAACAUGAAAUCUGUACUUUUUUUAAAAAAAAAAAAAGACUGAAAAUAAAUAGUGUAAACACUGAUACUGUGAAAAUGUUGGUACUGUAUGCUUUGUUGUGCUAUACACUUAACCUUUAAACUUCAGAGGGGUCUGGCAGUGCUUUGCAUAUUCCUUUUCCAAUAUGCAUAAAUUUCUCAAUUCUGCCACGGCUGUUUAGUCCUCAUGCAGUCCAAUGACAAUAUUUUAUAUAAUGACAUGUUAAAGAGGCUAGCACUCAAUCAAUAUCAUGUUCUCUAUGUAAAUAAGAAGUGUUUUUUGUUGUGUAAACUGUCAUUUUAUUAAAUCACAGAAUGCAAUAACAGUAUGUGUGAUGUGAUGAGCCUUGUUUAGAUUUUUUUAUAUAUAUAUAUUUGUUUUGACUUUGAUCCUUGGACAAUUGUUACAUCUAAUGUCUGUAAAUAAAGCCGUGACUUUUA